AUGUCAAACGACGGAACAUUUCCCGGAAGGAACAGCGAGUCAUUGGUAUUUGAGUAUACAUAUAGCCGCGCGCGCGCUUCGGCCCGGCACAGCACCCUGGGGCUCUGCGUGGAUAAGGUGGUCGUGUCUUCUGCCAUCGACGACGGCGUUGCAGCUCGGCCCGGCGGGUCUUAUAAGGAGCGCGGCCGCGCAACGCGCAGGAUCCCGGGCGAGCCACCGGGAGGUGAAUCACGCCCGCGCCGCGCCGCACCGCGCCGCACCGCGCCGCACAUCGGAGUCAAGAGCGCCCGCGGGCUUCCGUCAAUGGACUUCGCGGCGCGCGCCCGCCACCGCCACCAAAGAUCAAACCCAGCGCGCUCCAGCGCGUUGUUUCCGGGAGCUUGCGCUAUUCGCACGAAAUACAGGGGCACACGCCGGCAAGUGACACAAGGUCGCUCGCGACGAUUACGAAACGGCAUGAGCACGGAAGAGUGCAAAGGCGAAGGAAAAACGAAGCUGAUACACAAGCGAAGGGUGGAAGCAAGGAGACAAGGACGCGUGUCGGUCGAUGAAGUCUCAUAA